AUGUCAUUCGGACGAGGAGCUCCGCGCGGUCGCGGUGGUGGUGGUGGUUUCGGUGGUCGCGGCGGCGGCGGUUUUGGAGGCCGUGGUGGCUUCCAGAACAGAGAUAUGGGCCCGCCCGCGACAAUUCUUGGUACGUUCUCUCACCUUGUCGCUGUUUUGUCUCACGAGAGUAUUCUAAUCGGCAAUUUUUGUAUAGAGAUGGGCAAGUUCAUGCACGCUUGCGAAGGCGAGAUGAUCUGCGAGAGCAUCAACCCCAAGGUUCCUCAUUUCAACGCUCAGAUCUUCCUCGAGAACAAGACUGCCGUUGGCAAGGUCGACGAAGUCCUCGGACCCAUCAACCAGGUUUACUUCACCAUCAAGCCCUCCGAGGGUAUCCAGGCAACUUCUUUCAAGGAGGGCGAUAAGUUCUACAUCGGAUCCGAGAAGCUUCUGCCAUUGGAGAAAUUCCUGCCCAAGCCCAAGCCUCCCCCAGGUGCCCCCAAGGUCAAGCGUGCCGGCCGUGGUGGCCCGGCAAGAGGCGGUCGUGGUGGUCCCCGUGGCGGCUUUGGCGGCCGUGGAGGUGCUCCCAGAGGCCGUGGUGGCAGUGGUUUCGGUGGCCGUGGAGGCGGUCGCGGCGGCGGUGGCUUCGGUGGUGGCCGCGGUGCGCCGAGAGGAGGUGGUGGCUUCGGCGGCGGCCGUGGCAGGGGUGGUUUCAGCAGAGGAGGCCGGUAG